AAGUAUGAUGUGACAUAAAUUAUUAAAUGUUAUUUUAAGUCCGUUAAUCUAUUGGGUAAAUAAUGGUGUAAAUCGACAUACGAACAUAAUAAAAGAAUAAAAUGUUACAUCACUCACAAAAACGUGAAAAUAUUAAGACUACAAUAUUAGCAGUAACACUUACAUCUAAAUCAGGAUGUACACUAAGGCAGUUAAAUAAUGAUUAUUAUGAGUUAGAGGGUGAAAAUAUACCAUGGAGAGAAUUAGGACAUGUCUCUUUGUUAGAUUUUUUGAAGAGUAUGCCAGAAACUGUUCAAAUAAAAAAUAUUAACAAUACAAUUAUUGUAAAAGGUAUUGCAUCUGACAAAUCUAAACAUGUGUCUAACUUAGUAGCUGGUCAAAAAGCUCAAAAGUCUGUAUUUGUAAGGAAACCAGUAGCAAGAAUUUGUAUUCCACCUCAUGUAAUUAACAGGAUAAUCAGCUUAGUUAAUGAUCAUCCAGGUGGCGUAGAUAAGUAUUGUAUAUUUGAUAAAAUUAAAGCAAGCAUACCUUUUUCAAAUCUUUCUAUUGAAGACGUAGAAAAGCAAUUGUUAAUUACACGUAAAGUUACAAUUAGGAAGAAUAUGAUUUAUCCAAUCCAAAGUAAAAUUAAGAAUUUCGAUAAUUUUAAAACAACUGAUGAUAUGCCUUCCUCAAAGCCUAACUUUAUAUCACAAUAUGAACCAAAAUUAAUUGUAACUGUGGCUGGAGAUGAAAAUUCAGACAUGUCGGAUUAUAAUGAAGAUGUUUUUGAUUUUGCAUCUUUUGAUGAAGUAUCUAGACAUUGUAGAAACUCAAUUGAAACAGCAAAAAAUACACCUACCUUUAUAAAGGAAACUAUAACUAAAUGUCAAGAUGAAGUAACCAAACAUGAACCAAUAAUACAAGAUACACAAAGUAAUUCAUAUAAAUCAUUCAAUUGUAACGAUAGUGUUGAAAAUCAGAUGGAAUUCAAUAAUAACAAAAGAGAGGAUGUAAAAAAUUAUUCACAUAAGGAAAAUGUUGAAAUACUUAUAAAUGAAAGAGUGAAAUUUCGUUUGGAAAAACUUAUACAGAAUCAUCCUGAUGGAAUUUGGUGUGCUAAUCUACCAGAUCAAUAUUUAGAAGAAUAUAAAGUUUCUCUAAAUUAUGUAGAACUUGGUUUCAACAGUGUUCGAGAAUUUGCAUCACAAUUACCUGAAAUUUUUCAUUGUAUACAACCUCAUGAUAAUAUAGGGGAUUUCAAGCUUUAUUAUGCCAAAAGAGAAGUACCUUUAAAUCAAACAGAAAAGAAGCAAAAAGCUAUCAAUCUCAAUCAAUUGCAUCACACUUAUGAAAUAAAUGAUGAAGAAGCACUCCCAGUAACGGUGUCACUUGAUACAUGCAAGAAGUUAAUACCAGAUGAAGUAAUGACCAUGGGAGAAUGUGUAGGGUACUUAAAUGUUGCAGAUUUAGUAGAGAUUCAGGAGCACAUAGAAGUUGUUGUUAUAGAAGUAUUCACUCCAACAUUCUUUUGGAUACAACUUCGUAAAAAACUAAAAACGUUUAAAAAGUUUAUGGAUGAUUUACAUAAUUUUUAUGCAAUGAAUUAUGAGUCAUUCAUAAUUCCACCAGUUGUACUAGAAAAGGGUUUAAAUUGUGCAUGUAUAUACAAUGGAAUAUGGCAUAGAGCUAUAAUUAAAACUGUGAAGCCAGAUUUUCAAGUUGUUGUCCUCUUUUAUGAUUAUGGCACGCUAAAAACAUAUUCUCCAGAAGCAGUAUAUUACUUGCAUAGAAAGUUUUCUUAUCUACCAGCACAAGCAAUACCAUGUGGUUUAAUCAAUGUAAGACCAUACAAAGGAUCUAAGUGGUCCCGUAAUGCUACUCAUCUGUUUGCAGUUCAAACAUCCCAGAUACCACUAAUUGCAACAGUUGCCUCUAUUAAUACAGAAGAUAAUUCAAUGAUGGUAACUUUGACUAAUACAUUAGGAGAGGACGAUGUUCAUAUUAACGACUGGUUAGUUGAGGAAAAACUAGCAGAACAUGGAAAAAUGGUUUGUAUGAAAAAGCGAAAUUUUACAUUUCAAUAUUACUUGGAAUGUCAAAAACGUUUCGAGCACUUAUUGAAAAUACCCGAUAUUUGUAAAAUAAAACCAGCACUGUGUAAUUCAAGUUCUGGUGAAAGGUUAUCCCAUAAGGAUAAUUCUAACAAAGUGAGUGAUAAGAAAGAAUAUUUUUCUAAUGAUACUUCAAUUGAAAAAGCUGAAUAUAAUUGUACACAAAAUUCGGAAAAGAGAACUCCUAGAAAAUUUCAAUCUUUGUACAAGAAAUUAUUACAUCUUAGACAGAAAUCUGAUCACUCUAAAGAAAUUAAUAUAGAAAGUAAUGAGUUGUUGAAUUCUAGUUUGGCAUUAAGUACACAGAAUGAACAAGAAUCAUAUAAAGAAUCUGAAAAUCUAUGCUAUGAUAAUGAGCAAGGUGAUAAUACCAAAUCUGAUACUUUGUUUGCUAAUUUUGUAUUCGCCAGUGACAGAAAGAGUAGUGAAAUAUUAGAAAAAGAAUAUUUUUCAAUAAACUAUAGUAACAUUCCAGAACAAUACGCCAAUCAUUUUUAUAUACAAGAUUCAGAUAAUGAGUUAGACUUUAGUUGUAUGAGAACUAAUAAGAAAAAUGAAGAACAUGAAAUAAAAUGUAUAGAUUGGUCUGUCAUUUCGAAAAAUGCAGUACAAGAAAAAGAACGUGUAUUACAAAAAGAUAAAUACAAAAUACCCUAUGAAACAAUUUUUAAAAAACGAGACACUAUACUAUUAGCUGAAAAUUGUUUUUUGAAUGCAGUAUAUAACAGUUCUUAUUUUGCUGUACAAGAUAAAGAUAUAAAUUGGUCACCAACUGGAAACAUUAAUAAAACGGAUUAUGUAUCUCCAUUAAUGUUAAAAAAUAUUAAAAGGGAUACAAAAAGUGUUAAGAAUGAUAUGAUAAUUGCUAUCCCUAAAAAGAUAUUAAAUAUGUCAGUAGGAAAAAAGUCUUCUAUACAAUCGCCUAAUACACCUAAAAACAUGAAUCAUAUGCAAUCCAUUCAUUCAUUGCAGCAAAUCAAUAACCCAACUGUUGAUAAUUUUAAAUACACAAAUAGUAAUGAAAUAUCUUGUACUAAGAAUUUCGAAAGAGAUUCAGAAGAUUACAAGGUGAAUUAUUUUUGUAUGCAAGCACUUACUUCCAAACAAACAUUAUUGAAGAAAUUAUUAUCAUUACAAGAUGCAUCAAGUAACAUUUCAAAUCUAGAUUCGGACGAUAUAAGCACUUCAGAAAAAUCUAUAUCAUUUGAACUAAAUAUUGAUAGUGAUGAGGAAUUUAGAAGGGACGAAUAUGAAAAUGAUGUAGAUAUCCGUGAGAAUAUAUUGACUGAAUCUUAUUUAAAGGUUGUUCCUACAUGUCUUUCCCAUUCUGUGGAAACAGAAAUCGUAGACUUGCAUGCACAGAAGUCAUUUAAAACUAUGAUUAACAAUUUUGAGAUAUGUGGAAAAGAAACUUUGGUAACUUCAUCGAAAACGUCAGUAUUAACAAAAAAUUUAGAAUUAGCAGAAGAACUAUCAGUUGAACCAAUACCAAUGCAACAAUCAACAUUAACAGAAGAAUCAAACUCAAUAAAGAGUUCAAAUUGUACAGAAGAAUCAUUAUUGAUUAAAGAACCGACGCAAAUGCAAAUAGUACCAGUUAAAGAAUCAGUGUCAUUUGAUAUAGUACAAAAAACAUCCAGUAUACCAGUUUUUAAUGAUACUGAUAUAAAGUCUGAUGAAGAAGAGUGGGAUUCCCAUGUAUCAUACAGUGAUGUAUGUGAUCUUUUUAAAAGCAAUUGUUCUUAUAGUAAGAAUAUUAAAGAUCAAUUCAAUCAGGAAGACCAGAAAAUUAUAGAAAUAAAUAAUUAAAAUUCAGUAGAGAAUGUGAACAGUAUAGAAACAUGUAGAAAUGUAGAAGAUGAUGCUUAUGAAAUUAUAAGCUCAGACAGUGCUUUCAAUCACAAAGUCUAUUUAAACGUUGAUGAAACAGAAAAUUCUCAGAAAUUCAACAUGUAA